AUGGAAGAAGUGGAUCAGUUGUUCGAGAAAAUCAAGGCCAUCGCUACCAUCAACAAGGAGAUCAUUCAACGCAUCAGGGGUGAGCUCUCCGUUCUCUCCUUCCAGGCCAGGCUCCAGGACAGGACCCAGCUGGUGGUGGACCAUACCGCCUCCCAGCGCGCGUUUGUCGAGUGGUGGAGGUGGGACGGCGAGCUGGUGGCCGUGCGCGACACCUUCAAGGACAAGGUCGACUACUCGCGCUGCCACACCUUUGCGGAGCUCGAGCUCCUCAACGAGAAGCUGGUCGUCUUGGCCGAGCAGUACCACGCGUUCGAGGGCGACUUUGCCCUGGCCCAGCUGAGGCAGUACCUGACCAACUACGAGCUCAUCCAGACGGCCGUGGGUCAGGUCGACGCCCAGUUCCAGGCCAACGCCGCCCAGUACAAGGACCUGGACCGCACGGAACUGGUGAACGCCGCCACGCGCGAGGCCAACGUCGCGCUGGCCAAGCUGGCCCGCCUGAAUGUGCACCUGGCCGACGUGCAGGGCCGUCCCCUGUUCAACUUGGUCGUCGGGACAGACCUGGAGAUACGGGGCAUCGCCGCCACCAGAGAGGGCAACGUGGCCGUACUGUGCCGGAAGAACAAGAGCGUCGCCUACGGAGCCUGCCUGGUCACCUGGAACAGCGCGGGCCAGCUGAUCACGGAGCAGGACCUGUACUACAGGAGCCUGCUUGAGCCCGCUCACCUGUUUGCGGCCGAUUGGCAGACUGGCCGCCUGUUGUUCGCCGACGAGGACCUGGGCCAGGUCAUGGUGAAGACUUCUGAGUCCAACCACGUUGUCUGCCUGACCCCGGCCCCAACGUCGACGACGGGCCACCAACCCUCGACGCCCAGCGGCCCGCUGGUCGACCCCGUGAGCAUGGCGGUGGGUGCCGACGGCAUGGUCUACGUGACCCAGAGCCACCGCAUGGACAUCGCCGUCUUCGACGCCUCGACGGGCGCCUUGGUACGGACCAUCGCCAGGCCAACCCCGUUGCAGCCCAACAACGAACUGGAGGAGACCGAGAAGAAGAAGGAGAAGACGAAGAAGAAGAGGGCUGCGGUGCGCGGCCUGAGCGGCAUCGCGGUGCACCCGGUCACGGGCAACAUCUACGCCGCCGACCCUGACAACGCCCGCGUACUCAUCUUCACGCCCGAGGGCGAGCUCGAGGGCUCCUUCCACCUGGGCGAGGGCCACUCCGAUCCGGCCGGCCUCACCAUCGACGCCAAGGGCAACGUGUUCGUGACCGAGCAGCAGCACAGCCGCGUGCUGGUCUUCCACUCGGACGGCGGCGCGCCCCUGGUGGUGGGCGGCGGCGCCGAGGCCAGUCUCCAGCUGAUUCGGAGCCCGGUGGCCGUCGCGGUGGUCGGCGACCGGGUCUUUGUCGCCAACACCGGCAGGACCAUCCACGUCUUCUCGUUCCUCCACUAG